GCGGUGUGACCCUCCGUGCUUGCACAGUGACAUGGCGGUCUGACGUAAGGAAAGCGGAAAGCUCCCUGACUCGGUGUAAACAACUGUGAAAAUGUUUGUAGUUUGCCCUCCUUGAAAAAAUUAACGGCAUGAUUUUUAUGACGGCUGUGUCCCGGUAAGCUCCGGUGACUUUACAUGUCGUGGUUUCUGGUGGUUGAGGUUGGGAUUCGAUCCCGGGUGGCUGGACUCUAGCUUCCCGUGUUCUGAACGAGGUGUUUCAGCCUCCGCCACCGAGGAGGAAGCCGUAACCCUACACAUGCUGCAAAGCUACACUGAGAAGGAACUGGCUCUACACAUGAGGAGGCAUCUAAAAGAAGAACCACAGAAUCAGAAACCCAGAGCAUAUGGAGCCCACUGAAUCUGCACAAGGGCAAGAGAAGCCAUUGGAGGAGGGUGCAGAUUUAAUAUUCAGCUCAAAAGGACGACAACGGAAGAAAAAUCCCAAAUAUCUGGAUUAUGAAACUGAUGACAAAACGAAUGAACACCUUUCACCCAAAACACCUAGAAAGAGCUCAGGAAGGAGAAGAGCAGCUUCUCAGAAGACUCCGACAAAGAGUAGAAAAUCCAAGGCUGCCGCACAGGACACUCCAGAUGGAGAAAAUGAAAAAAAAGAUAAAACACCUACAGAGUGUGAUGGACAAACUACAGCAGAAGUGGCUGAUGAACCACUGAGAGGCAAGAAAACUCAGUCAAAAAGGACUCCUGCUAAGAAAACCCCUGCAAAAAAAUGUAGCAAUGCCAAUGUAGACCUUGUAGAUGGAGAGGGUGUUGUUAAAGAUACGGUGCAGCAGGAGAAUGGGACGCCAAAGCCAAAGAGGAAGUAUGUAAAGAAGCAGUAUGUACAACAAGUGAAGCCAGUUAUUAAAGAAAAGGAUGCAGAGGAACCUGAGGAGGAGACUGGACAAGGUGGCCGGCGGCGGAGAGGAGCUGCCAAAGCGGCGUUGAAGUACCUCCACAAUUUGGCAAAAGACUUAUUUGGGCAAACUGAUGAGCCAGGAAGCGAAGAUACUGGAUCAGAACAGAAAACUCCCAAAGCAAGCAAAGUGGGUAAAGGCAAAAAGAGGAAACAUCCUGACAGUGAUGCAGCAGAAGACGAAGACUUUGUGCCAGAUAAUGAUGAAGAGGAGGAUGCAGAGGAGAUGGAGGAUGAGGACGAAGAAGCAGCAUAUGACUCAGACCUCGACUCCAAUUGUGACAAACGUGGAAAAAAUCCUCCAGUUUAUUACGUCAACAAUAACAACACAUGCUCGUUUGUCAAAGCCCAAAAUGGACUUAACACCCCUAUCAUGAAAACUGCUUUGGAGAGUGCAAAGACCACCAAGAAAUUUCGGGAAGAGCACUACAGCAGCUGGGUGUUUCCAGAGUGGGUGCCCUCCACCAGGGAUUGGGUCCCUGUCCCACAAAGUGAUUUGGAGAAAUAUCUGCCUCAGACGCUUCGCUCAGCUGCUUUCAAAGUGUCCAGAGAAGGACUCAACAAGGAGGAAGCACCUCUGCAAAGACUCAAAAGGUUCGAAUCUAUUCCCCCUCACCCAGAACGCUGGGACAUGAUGCUGUAUGCAGGUGGACCAGUGUGGGCUCUGGAGUGGUGUCCAACACCUGAUGGUGCUCCUGCUACCCAGUACAUCGCUCUGUCCUGUCAUCAACGCAUGGAUGAUUUUCACUACGUCAACAAAACAUCCACAGGAACUGGACUCAUUCAGCUGUGGGAUGUGGGCAAACUGAAGUAUGGCAACAGACCAGACUCCAAGCCAGUUAUGGUCUAUAGUUUGGCCCAGGAUAAGGGCUUCGUCUGGCAUCUGAAGUGGUGUCCUGCUGGCGGCUGGGAGCUUCCCACCUGUGCCAGAAAGGCUCCAUUCUUACCCAGACUGGGUCUUCUGGCAGUGGCCACCUCCACUGGGGUGGUUACCAUUUACAGCAUACCCCACCCUGAUGCUCUGCACUCCAACAUCACUCAGCCAAACUCUGGUAAAGGCAUUGAAACACCUCAAGUAUACAAGGUUAAAGGAGUGGUGACAUUGAAGCUGGGCGCCUUCAAAGCCCCUCACCAUGAAAUGAGCGGGCUCGUCCUGUCUAUGGAUUGGCUUCCUGACAAACCACACAAUAUAAUGGCUAUUGGAUUCUAUGAUGGUGUAGUAGGUCUUUGGGAUCUGACAGCGAAGUCUGCGCUGUUGCGUGUGCGAGAGUCAGACAGGUCGCUGAGUCUGCUGCCCUACAGAUGCAUCCUUGCUCACAACAAUGGAGUCCGGUCCCUGGCCUUCUGUCCUGCCUCCAGAUACCUGUUGGUGACGACAGGUGACGACCGCUUCGUGAAGACAUGGGAUCUGAGGAGGCUCUAUGAUCCCAUCACGGUUCAGAAACGCUGUCUGGCCAAUGAAAUCAACUGGCCACUGAAUGCACCGGGGGUUUUGAUGGCCCAGGACAACGGCACCGUGGUGAAAGGUUCACAAGGAGUCCAUUACAUCGACCAUCACAUGCGCUCGCUCUUUGCACUUCCCCGGUCCGGCACUGUGUGGUCUCUGUCAUACACCGAGUGGAUUAACAGUCUGGUGACUGCAGACAGCUUCGGAGAGGUGAUUUUCUCUCUGUUACCUCAGAUCAGCUACGUUGCUCCUUACAUCAAACGCACAAUAGAGAGACGAUUUCCCAUCUACUUCACAUCUAUGGUGCCUUAUGAUGCAACGGAGAGAGAAAAACAAGAAAUGGGAGGAGAGGAAGAGGAAGGAAACGCAGUUGAAGAGCAGCAGGGAGAAGAGACAGAAGAACCAGAUGCUACACAGGAAGCAGGAAAUGAGAACGACAGUGAAGGAGGAAGAGUUGGACGAAAAUGUCCUCCGCUGAAAUUCCAGACCUACAAAGAGGCUGCAAAGAAAUACUGCCUCCACUAUACAGAUUUUGAUUUUCGGACCACUGCAGGAAGCGAGAGGCGAGCUGUGUGGAAACGCAUGAAAGACACAGAAGUGAAGGCAAAGAUCAUCCUGGAUGACAUGCCUUUGUCUGCUCUAUAUAAGGUUCGUUUCAACCCAAACAUGAGCUGCCACGACUGGGUUGCAUCCGGGGGUCAGACUGGACUGGUUAGAUUUAACUGUGUAAGGGCUCUGAUGAACUCUCAUCUGAAGAAGAUGAUUGGUGAGAGUCAGGCCCAGUUCAACACUCUGUACUCGCCGGGCCAAGCGGUGACAGAGCAGCUAUAGCAGGAGUUUAACUUUGCUACGGUGGGUUGUACUCCCUCAAGAGACAGUCAAAAAAGUGACCUCUGAAACACGCAGCUGUGAAUAAUGAAAAUAUGUAUGAAUAUUACGUUUUCAUUCUUAUACAUUUGUAUAUGUUGAAAAUCAGUCAACGAAAACUAAUGACAUCAAGCCAUGAAGGUACUACAGGUUUAAUUGGUCCAGGUUUUGAAGCAUCUAGACAUGGCUAGAUAUAUCCAAAUUGUCUGAAUGUCACUCCGUACAUAAUGAAGUUCAACUUUAAAUUGACAUAAUUACAGUAUGCAAGCUAACAAAAGUAAAACUCUCUCAUGACCAGUUUAGGGGCUUUUCUUUUGAUCUCUGUUCAUCGUUCACCCUGAUAAACUGAAGCAAGACUUUCUCUCUGCAAACCAAACCCAACCAGAAUCUGUUGAAUUCAAAGCCAUUUAAUUUUUCCUGGCAAUUAAAUGUUUCCAUGUUUUCCAUUUUCUUCUUAUCAAAUUAUAAUAAAAGUCCUAAUAAUGACAGUUCUGUUCUCUACAUCAGAAAAACUGCAGCAGUUGACAGUUAAGUGCCUUUCGUAACCCUCACUCACACAGGCCUAGAUGAAAUGUGUGUCCGCCACCUGGUUGGAGAGUGGUUGUUUGCACAUGAAUUUGGUUGCAAAGAGGAUCACGGUGCUGCAACAAAAACCUUCUGGUGAUUGAUUUGGUCGUUUUGAUUACAUUACAACAGUUGCCCAUAGUUUACAUGGAAGACGCCAGAUUGUCUGCAAACACUUUCAAAAUGUUCUCCAAGCAACAUUGAAACUGAAAAGCGCGACACGUGGAGAAUGCUCACCUUCAAAGUAAAAGUUGGACCUUUUACAACCUGUUAGUUACAGCAGGAAAGCGCAACCUUUUCUUUGAAGGCACAUGUUCUCAGUGCGACGGAGAGCUGAAAGACGUUUAAAACGUUAUUUUUUUAAAAGUGAGGAUGCCGUUGUUUUCCAAAGAAUUGGUGCGUCAUGCCAAUAUUUCUUAGGCUUACUAGCAAGAGUGUUCUGGAACUUCAUAAGUAAUUUCAUUAGUUAAACCCACUGGUGUUUGUAAUAUUUCCAGACUUUCUCACGCGUUGUUUAAGUUGUGACUUUGUUUUUAGAGAGGGGUUUUUUUUGUGCAUUCCCUCAUUUUGUUAUCAGCCUCUCACGUUAUCGGUAGCAGGCUGGGAGCUAAUUUUGGCUGCGUUUGUUUGUUCAAACAACUCAGGCUCUAAUUAGGGAAAAUACUUGAAUUUUUUGUAUCAACAGGAUAUAACACUUAGAAAUGUUAAAUCUUUUUCUUACCUGGUGUACAUUUUCCUGUUGUUGUUUUUCUCCAACUUUAUUUAUUUUUAACUGUCUACAAGAAAAUAAUAGUGAGGUGUAAUUAAUUACUGGCAUCACUUUUUUUUAAAGACACAUUUCCCUCUGAGUUAAAUUAGGGGUUUUAAAGUGUGCUUCAUUUUUUGAUUAAUUAUAAAUUUUAGUGACAGUUUCACAAUAAUAUUUCAUUAUAGUGUUGUCAGCCGUGGCCAUAUUUCAUUACUGACAAAAUUAUCUUUAACUUAUUCAUAAAAGCAUCGAAAUGUUCUUCUCCCUGCUCACUUUUGCUAUUUUUGAAAUGUUACAUAUAAUAAAUUUUAUAAUAAAGCAAGACCGUGGCUCCAGUCUUUAUUUACAUCUAGAUUUCCUGUUAAACUUUUAAACUAAAAUAAUCCAGCUUCUUUCCAUCAUCAGCAGUCUUUUAUUUCACUUUACAAAAACUGUUGCCACACAUAAAAAUGAAAUAUCAAACAUCACACAUGUGACAAGUGGAUCGUAUGUGACAUCACAACACAGACAAAUAGGACUUUUUGGGAACCACUUUUUGUACAUGGAAGAUAGAUGUAUUUACACAUGUACACACAAAAUCACAUUAUUUGACCUAUUUACAACAGUUACACAAAUUCUAAUUGUCACAAAUGGCAACGGCACAAUAACAGAGCAUUCUCAGACAUUAGAUGUUCAGAGUGAACAAACAGGAAAUGUUUUUCCUUUAUUUUAUUUUUUCUUGGAAUGAAAUAAACUUUAUAAAGCUUCAAUUGUAACAGUAGAGCCCGUGUAGGAGAACUGCAUGUAUAUCAAAACCAGUGCAGUAAAAUGCAUUGGUCUUUAUUAUAUUUACUUUGUUUUAACCUAAAAUCUGUAGGUGUUGGGUCCUUUAUAUAUUCUCAUUUUAUAAUUUCUAAAAGGAAAAAAAUAUAUAGGAUCUCUAAAAAUUGGUGAAAAUAUAGAAUUUUAAAGAAGAUUUUAUUCUUUGAUUGAAUCUCCACAUGGUGCGUCUACAUAUUCUGACUGGCAGUUGAACAAGAAACUACUUACAGUACAUGAUAUUGAAUAACAGCUAACAACCAUGCAAGCUCUUGGAUCAGAAUGGACGUGAAUUCGGCAAUUUCAAUGCAUAAUUGUCCUUUAAUUUAAAGCAGCAGUCAACAGUAACACUUGAUAGCAGCUGGGAAGCAUUACAGGCAUGUUGGCGGACUCAUUGGCUUUUUUAUGGGUGUAAAAUAGCUUUUUUUUAUUAUUAUAUUUUCUCAACCUGAAAGAAAAUACAAACUAAAAUCUCCAUAAAACAUGCUGUGGGUGUUUGCGGAUCUAAGACAGUGAAUUUUUAUAAUGUUGAAGAUACCCAGCUCCACCAUCACCUCAAAAUGUUUUAGAAUGAAACAACCAGAGAGCAAGUCCCAAGGUGAUGCCCUCUAAAAUUUCCGGUUUGGUCAUAAAAUAGCUUAACCUCUCAUGCCAAAGGAGGGAGGCACUUAAUUGAUAAUCACCAUAAUCAUGUUGCUCUAAGACUUAAUUUACAUAUUCAUUGUCCCCAGAGGAUUAGAUCUAAUAGAAAAAAAGAAAAAUUAUGGUGAAUUUACACGUAAAUCACACCAAAAGCAAUGGAUACAUUAAAAUAGUGGACAUUUUCCAUUAAAAUGCUGUGUAUUUUUUAUGUAAAUAUAUAUAAUUGUAAGUCUAAGUGCUCGGUUCUAAGUGCCAUCUUCAGUGUAACUAAUGACCUCGCUGUGAAGCGUGCUGUGGAUAUUCAUGGUCCCCAGAGGAUGUCUCAGUUAAACUUUGAUUGUGAUGAUUGCAUUAUCCCUUCUCCCAGUGCCAUCACCAGCUCAGAUUUUCUGCACUGUGCAAAAUGAACUAGUACAAACCAAUUUAAUGGAGAGCUUGCUAUGAAAAUGUCCCCAUUCCUGCUCCCCAGAGGAGGUAUCUUUACAUUUUUCUUUAUAAAUUAUCCAGUUUGUCUUUUUGUGACCCUUUAGGCCAAAUUAUAACUUUUGAAAAGAUUGGUGUGAAACUUCCUGUGGAUAUUCAUGGUCCCCAGUGGACAAUGUGAUUACAGCCCAUUCUUAAAACUAUCAUCAGCCCAAACUUUCUGCUUGCUAGCUUGUUCUUGUCCUCUAAGCACCCCAACAGCUACAUCAUGAUUUUGAACACAAACAAAACAAACUGUUGGCCAGAUUGAUGUAAAUUUAGUGGGAGUGGGGUGGAGGGGGGGUCCUCUGCAUUCAUUCUGUGAUUGUUUUUAGUUAAAGUACAGUAUAUGAGCACUACACUAUAUGAGCAAAUGUACUGGACCACACCUCUUAAUCUUUAAAUAGAGGUGUUUUCAGUCCUAUUGCCACAAACUUAUCACAUCAAGCAUCUAAACCAUGCGGCCUGCCUUUGUAAACAUUUGUGAAAGAAUGGGUCACUUUAAAGAGCCCAAUGAAUCUGAACACAGUACAGUGAUAGGAUCCACAGCAACAAGGUAUUUCAUGAAAUUUCUCCCUCCUAGAAAUUAUAUGAUCAGCUGCAAGUGGCGCAGCUCCUGUAGGUGUGGUGUGUAGGUGUCCCAUUACUUGUGUUCAUAUAGUUUUUCUUGUCUUCAUAUUUCUGUGUUUCUCUGUAGUAGACUGACCGACAGUCACUUUAAACAAACUGGACCCUGGACUAAUCUCUUGGGCUUCUUGGUCUAUGUUCAGUAAUCUGUCCACAAUUCUGGUGAAAGUUAACAAAAUGUUUAGGUCUCUAGGCCCAGUCUCUUAUUUGGAAUGCCUUUUGAAUUUUUCCUAGCUCUUUGGGAUUGGUUGGAUCCCAGUACAAAAAAUAAGCAUUGCCUUCUUCUGUGGUCAAAAACAAAGCAAAACAAAAAUAUAACAGAUUUGUGUCAGAUAUGCAUAAAGUCAUAGCCCAGUCUAUAAAAAGGUAAGAGGAAGCUGAUGCUUCAUGACUUGCAAAACAUGAAUGAAUGGAGAGCAGAUGGAUUGAUGAAAGCCCAGGAAAUGGAGAAACAUACAGUAGAUGGAUGUCUGCAGGAAGAAUGAGAGAGAGAUGAGAUAGAUGACAGCAGCUGAAACUAAUCAUCCGGCUCCAGAACUAAAUCAUUUUUGCCCUCAGACCCAAAUGUCCACUCAGAUCUGACAGUGGAGGUAGGUGAAUGCUUUUUCAGUCUGACACUUCCCGUUCAUUUUCCUUCUGCUCAAUCCAUAUCGAUACUCUGCCCACCAUUAUAUAAACAGCUCUGAGCUACACAUGCAACACAGAUUUGAUCGUGUCUGUUUUUAAAGGUCAUUUUGGAAAGCUAAUCGUGAUUCUGAAACUCGUUGUUGUCAAAGUGCUUAUCAAUCAUGAGAAGGAACACGUUUCCCUUUGUUUGGUGGAAACAUGAAUACGUCUUUAUGUAUUUUCUAAAGUGAAAACAAAAAUGUGAACUUAUAUGCGAGUUUAUUACUGAAGAGCUGCACACAUUUUGCAUGUGACACAUUUAGUGCCACAUGCCUCCAACAUUUUUAAGGAUGAACAUUGUUCUUUAACAAUUUAAUUGUUAUGUCCUUUCCUGUUUGUGUCUCAUGACGUCCCUGUGGUCUUUAGUAACAGCACAAUGUGGUCUGUGGUGACCAAGAGUACAGACAAAAUUAAAAGAUUUUUAAAGAGUCAUUCUUAUUCUUACUCAUAAGACAGCAUGUUACAGGUACUUGAAACGUGCACAAAGAAACGUCAGAAAUCAAUCAUCUGUGAGCUUUUUAACACUUUAGCACUAAAAAUAUGUUAUGCUUGCAAGCCUUGCAUAGAGAUGACUACACUAUAGUGGGUCUGGUAGAGCUGAUACAACAAAUGUGUCUGUAGUAGAGUUUCAUCAGGUGCUCCAUAUUAACAUCUGCAGCAGAUGAUAUAGCUUAUGCCUCUUAUUUAUUACCUUAUGUUCUUGUUACAGAGUAAAGCUGAUGUUCAUAAAUUAAUUGGAAACAUUUAAUUAAUAGCCCAGAAGAUAAACUGAAAAUUACUUUGGACAAACAUCUGCACAGAUGCCUUUUAUCACGUCAGCAAAAUCAAUCUCCUGUGGUGCUUUAAAAGUGUUUUUAAUUAUUUUUUAGCAAUUUGAAGAAGACUUUGAGGAGACUGUUCCUGUUUUGUGGAACUUAACUUACACUAAUUUCACAGUUGAUUGAAUUAAAGUGUUUGAGUGAUUCAGCAUCUUUUUGAAAGAAGAAGGGAUUUUACUACAAUUACUGCCUUUCAAUUGUAGAAGACAACUAUAAAAAAUACUUGCAAAAUUAAAAACGUGCAAUUCAUCACCCUUCACAAUGGCUUAAUUUUUUUAAGUCAUCUUAUCAUUUAAAAUGAGUAAGAAAGUUGCAUUAAUCAAGAAGUGGCUGAAAAAAAAAUAUUUUCAGAAAAUUCCUCAGAUUUAUUUAUUUCUUUGUUGUUCAAAUGUCUGACAUGGGCAUCCUUCCUUCUGACCAGCAGAGGGCGACUCCUUGAGUUUCAAUGAGGCUUCUGGUUGUACAGAACUCAGUGGAACAAAGAAGCGUCACCUCUCUUAAGUCAGGACCUCAAUAAACACUUUCUUUGAACGUCUAUUGUCUCAUUAUCGAGUAACACUUCUUAUGUAAUGCAACAUAAUAUUAACUUUGUAAACUGUGCUAAUUAUUAGAUUCACAAAGGAAGGAUUUACCUUACUGUAGGAAUAGCUAUAAGCCUAAUCACUGUAUGUGCUCAUUUAUUUGGCAGUGUUUUCUAUUUACUUACAUUAAGCCUGAAAUGAAACACGCUGAGGCGCAAGUAAAACAGAACUAUUAUUUUUUUUAAAAGAAACAAAUAAAAACUUAAUACACAGUGACAUCAAUAAAUAAUGUCACUGUGUCUUUAAGGUGUUUUAAUACAGAAUUUAUGGUAAAGUAUAACUCAUAACUUCUGAAUUUUAGCUGGUAUGACUGUUCUUAACUUAAAAUAGGGUGUCUGAUGGAGAACAAUUACUAUUAUUGAUCAUUUCUAUGGAUCACUUGUAUCUAUUUUCAA